UGCGCUGCAUGACGGCAUGUGGGUGGGCGGCCGCCCUUUGAGUUCCCACCGACAAAAGAUCGUGGGUUAAUAAUAAUUAUAAUUUCGACUGCAGUGCUUGAAGAGCAGCCCAAGGGCCAACGCGGGAUCGGUGCUCAUCGGUGUCUGGCUAUUUCUUGGGUUGGUGCUAAUGAGUCGUACGUCGUUUCGUACCACCAACGGACUUCAUCACUUCGCACCGUGACUGGCAGUACUGGAACCAUCUUCCUAUCUGUCUUUUCUUUCGCACAAUAAUACAAUUGCUAGCAUUUCCGCCUCUCGAGCGUUCGAUCUCGCCGUUCCCAACUGGAACCUUAGUUCCGCCACCCGGAUUUGCGGGGAUUGUCUUCACCACUGGCACUGGCAGUUCAAGUCGUUGAGCGCGGCCUGACCGUUCACACACCGCUUCCUCAUCCUCAUAACCGUCAAUCACUGACACUGCGGUGCCGUUGACCUGACCAUUUAUUUCAAUGCGUCACCCAGUUCGGAGGAAGGCAACGUCAGCUUCGACUUAUGAGCGGCUCGGUGCAAUAUCCCCCGCCACCUCAACUCUGCAUCCCUCUUGCACGACAGGCCCCGUACCCCAAUGGGUGACGACGAGAUGAUAACUCCGCAGUCGCCAGGUCGCCAGGCCGCAGAGAACUCAGGGAAGCUGGAAUCUGCCGCAGCUUCUGCUGCCAAUUCUGUGCAAAAGAAUGACUCGAAUGCCCCAGACUCGCGGCCCGAGUCCCCUUCGGCCGAGACGCCGCCGAGCGACUCUGGUACGAAGCCGCUUCCGCCCAUGCAAAAGCGGCGCCGCGUAACCAGAGCGUGCGAUGAAUGUCGGCGCAAAAAGAUCAAGUGUGAUGGCAAGCAGCCUUGCACACAUUGUACCGUGUACAGCUAUGAAUGUACGUACGACCAACCCUCAAAUCGCCGGAGAAAUCCAGCUCCCCAAUAUAUCGAGGCUUUAGAGCAGAGACUACAAAAAGCAGAGGCCAUUCUACGUUCGGUCCUUCCAGGCCUCGACCUUGACAGCCCCAAAUUCGAUGCACAGUCCAUAGAGCAACUGAUCGAGACCUCGAAAGGGGCCGGCAAUGGCGAAGGCCCGAGACCGACCGACACCUUAGCACGGCCGGAGGAUGAUGCUCAGCUUCAAUCUAUGGUCGACCGCACUGGAGCCUUGGAUCUGGACGACCACGGCAACUGGGAUUUCCACGGCCACUCCUCAGGCUAUGUCUUCAUGCGAAAGUUCCGCCCUCAAUUCGGCGACCAAUUCUUGUAUGAAUAUCGGCAUGGCGGCAAGAACCGAACGAUCUCCCAGCUUCUCGAGUCUCCUAAAUCUGUGCAGUCUUCUCCUGUGGAAAUCAACCUUGCUGCUGGCGUCGAUCUGCCCCCAAAAGAGGUUGCCAUCGAAUUGUGUCGAAAUACCCUGGACGACUGUUGUGCGUUGAUGCGACCUAUACACCGCCCGACAUUUUUUCGACGGCUUCACUCUGUUUAUGACACGGAUCCGGAGCAAUACAACAACGGACACGUUCAGUUCCUGCCUCUGCUGUACGUGGUCAUGGCGGUAGGCUGUCUGUUCUCCAAAACGGAGAACGAAAACACCAUGCUUGACGUGAAGGGCUACAAGGAGGCCAUGGAACAAGGGUACCAGUACUUCAACACCGCGAAGCAGAUGGUCGACAUCACAGACUGCAGGGAUCUUGUGACCAUUCAAACCAUCGUCUUUAUGAUCAUGUUCCUCCAAUCGACCGCCAAACUGCCGGUUUGUUACGCUUACAUAGGCAUUGCUCUAAGAGCUUGCUGUCGUCUCGGUCUUCAUCGGAACCUUCCCAACAGGUUCAGUCCCGUAGAGUCGGAGGAACGAAAACGGAUUUUUUGGUUGGUCAGGAAGAUGGACUCGUAUGUUGGUGCUGUCCUCGGCCUUCCUCAGAUGUUGAGUGACGAUGAUAUCGACCAAGAACUACCAACCGAGGUGGAUGACCAGUACAUCACGGAGGAAGGGAUCCGGCCUAUGCCGGCGGGCACGUUUCCACUCCUCAAAGCUACCAAUGCUCAUACCCGACUCACCAAUAUCCUGAGGAAGGUCGUUCGAUACAUCUAUCCGAUCAAGAAUGCCGAUGGAUCGCAAACAGACCCUAGAUACAGCAUCAGUCAUAGACGGAUAAGAGAACUGGAACGUGAUCUGCAGAAUUGGAUGGAUCAGUUGCCUGUGGAGCUGAGGCCCUCGGAAAAUGCCGGGCGGGAGCUGGCAAGGGUUCAACAACUCCUUCGAAUGUCAUACGCGCAUGUCCAAAUGAUGAUCUAUCGACCGUUUAUUCACUAUGUAUCUCAGACAUGCCAAUCGAAGAGCAUCGACAAGCGAAGCUUUGCAUGUGCGGCAGCGUGCAUCAGCGUUGCGCGAAACAUCGUGCAUAUCACGAGUGAGAUGAAAAGGAGAGGCCUUCUGGUAGGCUCGUAUUGGUUCGCGAUGUAUACGACCUAUUUUGCAAUUCUAUCCCUUGUCUUUUUUGUCAUUGAGAAUCCCGACAGCCCCACAGGGAAAGACAUCCUCAAGGAUGCCGUCGAAGGUAGGGACACUCUGGCGGGUCUCGCUAAGCGCAGUCUGGCCGCGGACAGAUGCACUGUCAGCUUAAAUGGCCUCUUUGACGUGUUACCCGAAAAGCUCAAGGAACGACGGAAUUCAUUGAAUUCUAACUCAAGCACGGCUUCUCGCAAGCGUCCGCCCCCUGGAUCCGAGCCAGGACCGCUACAGGCUAGACAGACAGUCCCCAAUAUUACAACGCCCGUGAACACCCGGGAGAGCUCAAUCACCCCCAGCCGAGCCCGGACACUCCCCUCCGAUUUCCUGGCCAAGUUGGCUAAACGAAACUCGAUGCCGGAUCCUCGAGCCCUGUCCAACCUUUCUGAAGCGGCAAGUUCGGGGCAGACGCCGCAGAUGAUGGGAUACCCGAGUCCCGCCGUUGCUUCGCCUAUGUCGGGCAAUUUCGAUUUUCAGACACCGCAGCUGGGCAACGCUCAAAUCCCAGAUUUGAAGAAUGUCAUGUUCCCUAGUGACAAUCCUUUUGCUUAUCCCAACCAGCCCAUCAGCACGCUCGAGUCGGCCGAUGGGUCAUACUCGUUCCCUGAUCACAGCUCGAUGACCCCAGGUGACAAUGCUAUGUAUUCAACACCGCCGACGAGCACGGCACAGGUAGCGAUGGGGCCUGGUCCCCAACCAGCAGCACAUCUGGGGUUUGACUUUGGAUUCCAGCAGCAGCAGCAGCAGCACCAACAACAGCCGACGCCAAGUGCAAGCGGAGGCGAUAUCAUGGCUCAUGAUUUCAUGGGUGCUAGCGGGCACUUUAACGUUCCACUGACAGACAUUAUCAUGCAGAAUGCAAUUGGAGGCUCCAACCUCCAUUUGGGCGGGAUGGGGGAUUUCUCGACGCCGGCAAUGGACAUCCCGGACGUGGCAGCGGGCAGCCAACAUCAUGACGAAUAUUGGAACGACAUGGACAAAGGGAUGAGACACGCUAACGGAAUGGCCACCCCAGGCAUACAUGGCAGCUUGGAAGGAUUCCUCGACUCGGAUGGCUGGGCACAAUGGGGUGGAGAGCAGCAUUAUGGCGAUCAGGCGCAGUAACAGCACAUCAGAGAAUGGUGGUCAUGUUUAAGCCUCUCUUAUGCUGUGUCCAAAUCCGAAGAGGGACAAGCACUCUUGUACCUCCACGAGGCAGGGAUGCUAUAGCAGUGUCACUGAGAAGCAUAUUUACAACUCUUAUAUUACGAUGGUUGCAUGAUCAGAUUACCAGGGCGUCGAGGGUUGUGGUCUGGACGGCGCGCAAAUGAAGACGCAUAAAAUUCAGCAGCAUUUGAAGGAGCGGACGGUUGUACCAGGAAAACUAAGGUGUUGUUCGUCAACGAGGGCACCUGGAUUGCCCGACCAGGCACUUGAGAUAGCUCGGGGGCGAGUGAGCUCCCAAGCCAUUCCGCCGUUCUGUCCAAGGGAUUUCGCCACCUGCACUGGCAUGUGCCGUGAGUGGUGGACUGGACUGCAUUGCACCACUGUGGUGGAGGUUGCAGUGCAUGGAAUGAUUUGAAAUCCAGCAUUUGUUCCUAGUACCAGUAGUCGCCUCGCUGAUGCCGAGGGGAGGACACUGUGGUCGGUACCAGGCGUAGAUAAUACCUUGCUCGGUACCCUAGCCACAUAACAGAUACUACAGCGUACUAUGCAAUUAGUAAUAGUUGAACGAUGGGAGAUUGAUAAUAGUUGUCGUCGGUGGUGCAUAUUGUAUGGUACGUAUCUAGUUGUGCUGAAAAAAAUGUAUGCAUUUUCAGAAAAGAUUCGAGAAUGAAGCCA